AUGAAUUUAUUGAACAUCGCUAAACAUCUUCUCGAUUUGACUCAAACUGAAUUUGGAUCUGGAAAUUCUGUAACAACUGCUGAUGAAAUUUUUGCUGCAGAACGAUUAUUCGAAGUUCUGAAGUCAUUUAAAGAUAGCUACCUUAGUCAGCUGUAUACUUAUGAUACUCUUGAAUUUGAAGAUAAAUAUGAUGAAAUGGCUGAUGAAAGAGAGAGUGAUGGUGAGAUGGAUGAUUUUGAUGAAAAUGAUCAUUCUGAUUUAAAAAAUCGUUUUACAUCAGAAGAAAUGGAAAAUAUAAUCGAAUGGGUUGAUCAACAUCCCAAUGCCAAAUUUGCAACUAUUUCCCAUUAUUUUAGAAAAAUCAAAUCCAUGACUUAUAUUAAAAGAUUUAGAGAAUAUAUCGAAAACAACGGCAGAAGAUUAGAAAAAGUUAAAGAAAUUAAAGAAUUUAUGUUUAAUGAAUUUUAUCUGAAAAGAACAAUUGAAAAAGAAGCCGUUCAUGAUGAUGAUCUUGAACUUUAUGCAAUUCAAAAAGCAAGAGAAUUAAAUUGGGAUACAUUCAAGGCAAGCAAAUCGUUUAUCAAUACUAUUAAAAAGGAAAACAAAAUAUCAUCAAGAAGAUAUAAUAAAAUUAUUACUCGAACUAAAGCAAACAGAAACAUCGGCAGUUUAAAUGGUAAUCAAACUUUUCUUUUUGAGCUUUAA